AUGGAGAUAAGCAAAAGGAAAGAGAGAUUACGACAUGCUUGCUAUCAAUGUGUACGGAAAAUACACAUUUGUCAGAUGUUUCCUUCUCAAUUACAUUAUCCUCUGGGCAUGGGCACAGAGAUGAGUGAAUUAUACAAUGGUCUGUUUAAUUACCCUCCUCAAAAGCUUCUACCGCACCAAUAUAUGCAAAGGAGUGUUUUCAGUUGCAUCAUUUCUGAUUGCUGUGAGUUCUACCAAACUAAGUCUCAAAACUACGAAAUUGGUGUGUUUAGCUUGCAUGCCAGGAAAUUGGUUUCGGUUUCUCCAGUUCGGAUAGAGUUGUCUGAGCUUUUUGAUAUGCUUGUGGUUGUUGAAUAUGGGUUAUGCAUAUACAUGCAAAGAUUUAACCCACUCUUUGAAUCUGCCAUUGUUGACCACCCAUGUUUCGAAAAAACUAUUUGCUUUAAAGAAAAGCUUAUAAGUGCAUUAGCAAUGAGCCAUAUUAGUGACACAGAGCGUGUUGAUGAAGGUCAACAGUGUGGAAAUGUUCAAAAGAGAUGUUUUGAUAAUAUGUCUAAGCAGGAACGUAGAAACCUACGUCGUAGGUUAGCUGCUAAUACUUUAGCGGUUGAAAAAGAAAAGAAGACUUCUCAAACCAAAUCACAUUGUAGUGUUCCUAUUAGAUCAGUAAGAGUAAAUGAUUUUGAAAAUCACCCUUUUAAAUUGUCUGUCGUUAGUGAUUGCACAUGUUGUGGUGCAAAACGGAUUCAGUAUGAACCACCUGGAUUUUGUUGUCGUGGUGGUCAAAUCAAGCUUGUUUCUAAUGCAAUGCCUUGUGUAUUGAAAAACUUAUUCAUUGGGCGUGAUGAUGCUUCAAAGCAUUUUAGAAACUAUGUUAGAACUUAUAAUAACACAUUUGCAUUUACGUCUCUUGGUAUACACAAUCAUGACAAAGAUUUGUGUAGACGUAACAAAGGAAUAUAUACCUUCAGAGUUCAAGGACAAAUGUAUCAUCUAAUAGAUGAUCUUAUACCCCAUGGUCAUUCACCCCGUAAUUUGCAACUCUAUUUCUUUGACACUGAGACAGAAGUAGAUAAUAGAGUUGGGUACGUUGAUCGACUUGAUAGAAGCAUAGUUAGUGAUCUGGUUGAACUUAUGUCCCAAAACCCAUAUGCUCAGUUCUUUAGAAGUCUCAAGGAUGUCAACUUUGGGGAUGACUUUGUUAUAAGUUUGAACUCAACCACAUCAUUAGAUCAGAGAGUUUAUAAUUUGCCAACAGCUUCACAGGUUGCUGCAAUAUGGCUAGAGAAUGAUUCUGAUAGGGUUCCAGCUAACAGAAGCAUUAAGGUGUAUGCAUGUAGUGGGUGUUCCCAUAGUGUUCAGUACUAUUAUGGUUGUUACGACCCGUUACAAUACCCUCUUUUGUUUCCAUUUGGUCAAACUGGUUGGCAUGAAGGAAUAGAAAGAAAUUUUGACCUUAGCUGUAAUAAAGUAAGGAAACAACAUCAAUCAUGCAUUAUUGACCCUACAAUUGUCUCAUCUGUGGAAGAACUAAUUGCAGUUGAAGAGUCAAUUGUGAGUGAGGGAAAAAAGAAGAGGUAUGUUUCUUGUAGAGAGUCUUAUGCCUACAAGUUUCAAGUGCGUCCAAAUGAUCACUCUUUGUUGUUACAUACUGGAAGACUUUUGCAACAAUUUAUUGUUGACAUAUAUAUUAAAAUUGAAAAUGAAAGACUUGAUUAUUAUAGGACACAACAAGAUCAAUCUAGAAUUGAGACAUAUCAAGGAUUAGUGGAUAGUGUUUGUGUUGGGGCAACUAUAGGUGAUGAUGUGGGUCGUAGAAUCAUAUUGCCAGUGUCUUUUAUUGGUAGACCACGUGAUAUGAAGAGGAGAUACAUGGAUGCUAUGUCACUUGUUCAACGAUUUGGAAAGCCCGACCUUUUUUUAACAAUGACAUGCAAUCCAAAUUGGCCUGAGAUUAAAGAGUUAUUAUACUAUAAUGAUGAGGCACAAAAUAGACCUGAUCUUCUUGCUAGAGUUUUUCGCGCACGGUUUGAAGAAAUGAAAGAUGAUAUUUUGAAAAAAAAAAUCUUUGGUGAAGUUGCAGCCUACACAUAUGUGAUUGAGUUUCAAAAGAGAGGCCUUCCUCAUGCUCAUUUUUUACUGAUUCUACGUGGGAGCCAUAAAAUUACUUCACCAAAUCAGUGUGAUAAGAUUGUCAGUGCUGAAAUACCAGAUAAAAGAGUUGAUCCUUAUUUGCAUAGUUUAGUUGCAAGGCAUAUGAUUCAUGGUCCAUUGUUAGGUGAUGAUUCCUACCCAAUAUAUCGUAGGAGACCUACUAUUAAAACUGUUUUUGUUAGGGGACAUGAGUUGGAUAACCGGUGGGUUGUUCCUUAUAACCGAUAUUUGUUGGAGAAGUUUGAUUGCCAUGUUAACCUUGAAAUAUGUGCUGGAAUUAAGUGUGUUAAAUAUAUUUAUAAGUAUAUCUAUAAAGGACAUGAUAGAGUUAGCAUUCGAUUGUGUGGGAAUAAUGUUGUUGAUGAAUAUGAUGAAAUUAAAGAAUUUCAGAAUGCAAGAUGGGUGUCACCGCCUGAGGCAGCAUGGCGGAUUUUUAGCUUUAAUCUUGCUGAAAUGAAACUUUCUGUUGUGCAUUUGCAAGUUCAUUUACCAAACUAUCAGUAUAUCAAAUUCAAUAAAUAUGAGAAGUCGGUUAGCAUUGUUGAUGAAAAGAAUGGAGAACAAGAUUACCGGUCUCGCACAAUGUUGACUCAAUUUUUCUACAUGAACAAAGUAGAUGAACUUGCAAAACAACUUAACCUAUUAUAUCUUGAGUUUCCAGAAUUCUUUGUUUGGUCAUUGAAUGAUAAACGUUGGCAUCAAAGAAAACAAAGAGAGGUAAUUGGAAGACUUGUAUCAGUUAUGCCAUCAGAAGGUGAGCGUUAUUAUUUAAGAUUAUUGCUAAUGAAUGUAAGGGCUCCAACUUCAUUUUGCAGUUUGAAAAUAAUAAAAGGACAAAGGGUAGAGACCUUUAGAGAGGCUGCUGAAAAAUUGGGAUUGUUAUCCAGUGAUUCUAGCAUAGAGAGUAGUAUUGAGGAAGCUAUUUUGUGUCAAAUGCCAACAAGUUUGAGACAGUUAUUUGCAACUCUAUUAGUCUUCUGUGAUUUACCUGAUCCAGUAAGGUUUUGGAAUAAAUAUAAGGAAUUCUUUUGUCAAGAUUUUAUUCACUCAGCUAAAUAUACUGAGUCUGCAGCUGAAAUCAAGGCACUUCAACUUGUGAAGAACUUACUAGAAAAAAAUGGCAGAAAAAUUACUGACUUUAACUUAGUUGAUCCUGAUAUUUAUCUCUCUGAUUCUCAAAGACAAUAUAAAGAAAUUGAGGCAGAAAGAAACUUGGGAGUCAACGAUCAUGACUUGCAUUGUAUUGACAAAUUAAACAACAUGCAACGAUUGGCUUUUGAUAAAAUUAUGACUGCGGUACAUUCAGAUUUUGGUGGAGUCUUUUUUCUUGAUGGCCCUGGUGGAACAGGAAAAACUUUUCUUUAUAGAUGUUUAUUGGCAAAGGUUCGGUCACAUGGAUGGAUUGCACUUGCCACAGCGAGUUCAGGUAUUGCAGCUUCAAUUUUACCGGGUGGUAGAACGGCUCAUUCUAGAUUUAAGAUUCCUAUUGAUGGGGAUAAUAGAUAUGUGUGUAAUGUUAGCAAACAGAGUGCAGAGGCUGAAUUGCUAAGACAUAGCAAGUUGAUUUUGUGGGAUGAAGCUUCCAUGGCCAAUCGUAGGUGUGUUGAGAGCCUUGAAGUAACACUCCGAGAUCUAAUGAAUUCAGAUGACACUUUCGGAGGAAAGGUUGUAGUUUUUGGAGGUGACUUUCGUCAGACAUUGCCAGUUAUUAGGGGUGGGAAGAGAGAAGACUUCAUUGAAGCAAGUUUGGUAAAAUCACCAUCAAUAUGGCCAAAAAUUCAACAUUUGAGAUUAGAUGAAAACAUGCGAGCCAGAUCAGACCCAGGAUUUUCAGAUUAUUUGAUGCGCAUUGGAAAUGGAACUGAGCCGACUCUGUCUACCCAGAACAACUUUUUCAAUGAUCCAUAUUCAUUGAUGACUAGAGCACUUCUAACUUCAAAGAAUGAAUUUGUUGAUGAUAUAAAUUCCACAUUAAUUGAUAAAUUUCCUGGUGUAAGUAGGUGUUAUGUGAGUUAUGAUGAGCCCCUUGAUUCAACAAAAUAUCUGCAUUGUGAAGAUUAUUUGCAUACUCUUUCACCAUCUGGCAUGCCUCCACAUAAGCUAAUACUCAAGAAAAAUUGUCCAAUAAUAUUGUUGAGAAAUUUGAAUCCAUCUGAAGGAUUGUGCAAUGGUACUAGGCUAAUUUGUGAGGAGUUAAGAGAUUUUGUCAUCAGUUGUUACAUUGCAAUAGGAGAACAUAAAGGAAAUCAUGUGUUUAUACCACGGAUACCAUUGCAGAUUUCAAAAGAUGACAGUUGUCCCAUUCCUUUCAAGAGACAUCAGUUUCCUAUAAGAGUUUGUUUUGCCAUGACAAUAAAUAAAGCUCAAGGUCAAACUUUGGAUUUUGUUGGAAUAUACUUAAGAGAACCAGUCUUCUCUCAUGGACAAUUGUAUGUUGCCAUGUCUCGAGCAAGAAAGUCAGAUUCUGUUAAGCUAAUAAUACACAGUGAAGAUGAUGAAAAUCAGACCACUAAUAUAACAGAUAACAUUGUGUAUCCUGAAAUUUUACAGUGCAUUCAAACCGGGAUUGAUACAAGUUCACACAAAUGA